AUGGGAGCGAAUCUUCACAUUCCGAUCGAAACGGAAUGUACGGCGCUGGUUAUUCGAGUCAAUCAACAAUGUGAUUUCUCUACGGUAUACAUCGGAAAGCGGCUGGCAAAUCCAAAAGAUUAUGAACUCAUUCCAAGUUUUGAAGCCAAACAAUUCAAUGGCGAUUACACGGGUUUGUACAGUUCUGCUUAUACACCUAAUGGCACACGGAAUUUACUCGAACCUGCCCUACAAGUGAUUCAUGCUGAUCAGAAUCCCUCAUUGGACUUAAAAUAUGUCUCACAUCAACAAAAGUCUCUUGAUCAAUCGAACGAAGUUAUUUUAACGAAGAUUUACUUAAAAGAUCCUGUUUAUCCAUUCGAAGUUAUUCUUCAUUAUAGAGCUUAUUAUAAAGAAAACAUCAUCGAACAAUGGUCGAGUAUUCAACACAAUGAAACGGAUAGUGUUCGUCUACAAAAGUAUAGUUCAGCUAAUUUAUAUUUUAGUACAUUUCACCAGUACUAUUUGACACAUUUUCAUGGUGCUUGGGCACGAGAAAUGAUACCUGAAGAAAUCCAACUUACUGCCGGUAUAAAAGUAUUAGAUACAAAACUGGGAACACGCGCUGAUCUCUUCCAAGCUCCAUCCUUUCUUCUGUCAUUCAAUCAACCGAUAAAUUACGAGAACGAAGAUUCCGGUGAGGUGUUUGCGGGUACAUUGGCUUGGACAGGAAACUAUAAAAUCGAAUUUGAAAUCGAUUCUAUGCGCAAUUUACGUCUCAUUGCUGGUAUCAAUCCAUAUGCAUCGGAAUAUUUCCUAAUCCCAAACAAAGAAUUUGUAACGCCAAGUUUCCUCUUCACGUAUUCAUCGCAAGGAUUAAGCACCAUAAGUCAUCGUUGGCAUCAAUGGGCAAGAAAAUAUCGUGUGCCUGAUGGUCAAGGUAAUCGAUUGACACUCCUGAACAAUUGGGAAUCGACCUAUUUUGAUUUCGAUGAAGCAAAAUUAACAUCGCUUAUUCAAGAUGCUCGACAAUUAGGCGUCGAUCUGUUUCUUCUCGAUGAUGGCUGGUUUGGAAAUAAAUAUCCUCGAGAUAAUGACAGUGCGGGUUUGGGCGAUUGGCAAGUCAAUCGAAGAAAACUACCAAACGGAAUUGGUUACUUGAUCAGCCAAGCACAAGCAAAUAAUAUUCAAUUUGGUAUUUGGAUUGAACCGGAAAUGGUCAAUCCAAGAAGUGAACUCUAUGAAAAUCAUCCCGAUUGGGUCAUUAAGCUACCAAAUCGAUCGGAAUAUUACUUUCGAAAUCAAUUGGUGCUUGAUAUGUCAAAUCCGCAAGUCCAAGAGUUUGUUUUCGAUAUUGUCGAUCGCUUAUUUACAGAUCAUCCACAAUUAGCUUAUAUAAAAUGGGAUUGUAAUGCUGUGAUUUACAAUGCUUAUUCACCGACGAAUCUUCAUCAAUCUCAUUUAUAUGUUGAUUAUGUUCGUGGUUUGUAUGAUAUUCUUGAUCGUCUUCGAAAGAAAUAUCCAUCUGUACCGAUUAUGUUAUGUUCCGGUGGUGGUGGACGAGUUGAUUAUGGCAUUUUACAAUAUUUUACAGAAUUCUGGCCAAGUGACAAUACAGAUGGAUUGGAACGUGUGUUCAUUCAGUGGAAUUACUCAUUCUUUUUCCCGACAAUUACUUUGUGCAACCAUGUCACCAACUGGGGAAAACAAUCAUUAAAAUUUCGAACAGAUGUUGCUAUGAUGGGUAAAUUAGGAUACGAUCUCGUCGUUAGCAAACUCAAUGAAAACGAACUGAAAUUUAGUCAACAAGUCUUACAUGAUUAUGCCCGUUUGAAAUCGAUCAUCUGGCAUGGAAGACUAUUUCGAUUAGUCUCUCCAUAUCGAUUAAAUCGAGAUAUUGCCUCUUUAAUCUAUGUUAACGCGGAACAAGAUCAAGCAGUGUGGUUCACAUAUUUAGUUGGCAAUCGUUAUUUAGCUGGUAGCAAUGGUGUUAUUCGAUUGAAAGGAUUGAAUCCGUUGACAAUGUACAAGAUCCAAGAGAUUAAUAUUUAUCCUGGCACUGACCAAUCGACAAUCGUUUCAGUACAAUCGAUAUCCGGUGAUUAUUUGAUGACGUACGGAUUUGAUCCAGUGGUAGAUGUGCAGCGAGCAAGCGUUGUUCUUCAAUUGACAAACGUUAUGAACUAA